AUGGGGGCGUUCUUGAGCUCCGCCGCCAGCAAGGACCAGCAGUGGGAGCACGGCGAAGCUCCACGACCAGAUUCCUCCAAGAGUAUGCGGCUUUCGACCCCUCUCUGCAGCCACGGCCACCCGAGGCUGAUCCCGGGGCUCCCGGAUGAGAUCUCUCUGCAAAUCCUCGCGAGGAUGCCGCGGAUGGGGUACCUCAAGGCCAAGAUGGUUUCCCGGAGCUGGAAGGCGGCGAUAACCAGCGCAGAGCUGUACCGGCUGAGGAAGGAGCUCGGUGUGGCCGAAGAGUGGUUGUACAUACUGAUGAAGACGGCAGAUGAUCAGAAGCUGGUUUGGCACGCUUUCGAUCCGGUUAGCAACCAAUGGCAGAGGCUGCCACUCAUGCCUGGGAUCAGUCAUAGCAGAGUCUAUGGGUUGGGCUUGGGGGAUCUGGAGGUGAGCCCGAUGAGCACCGGGCGUGCCUUUUGCAAGACUAGCCUGUUGAACAACAAGCUGUAUGUUGUUGGCGGUGUCAGCAAAGGCAAGAAUGGGUUAGCUCCGCUAAAAUCCGCUGAAGUGUUUGACCCGGCAACUGGGGUUUGGGCUGAUGUGCCAGAUAUGUUAUUCUCCAAAUCGCAAGCUCUACCGAUGUCCUUAGCUGAUCUACUGAAGCCUAUUGCUACCGGAGUGACCUCAUACAGAGGGAAGCUAUAUGUUCCUCAGAGCCUUUAUUCCUGGCCCUUCGCUGUUGAUGUUGGUGGAGAGAUCUUUGAUCCGGAGACAAAUUCAUGGGAACAAAUGCCUACGGGCAUGGGUGAAGGUUGGCCUGCAAGGCAGGCUGGAACGAAAUUGAGCGUUGUUAUAGAUGGCAAUCUGUAUGCCUUGGAGCCAGCAACUUCUUCUGGCAAUGCCAAGAUAAAGAUGUACGAUGCUCAAGAGGAUACUUGGAAGGUUGCUGUAAGCAAGGUACCUGUUGGGGCCUUUGCCGAGUCAGACAGUCCUUACUUGCUUGUUGGAUUUCUUGGGAAAGCUCCAUUUGAUCAUCAAGGAUGCAGGUAG